AUGGAUCAAUGCGAUUCUUCAAAAUUGAAAAUAGAUUACUUGAGUCAAGAGAUCUAAAUUUUAAAUUAAAGAUUAUAGGAAUAAAUAAGCAUAAACUAAUAGUAUUAAAGUCUAAUAAAUGGACGAACUGAUAUGAAAAUGUUAUUGAGUGUAAUGCAAUAAGAGUAAGAACUUUUAAAAUAAUAAAUAACAAAAUUACUUAAUGAAAGGAAUGAAGCUGUAUCAAAGGUAAUAUGAAAUGGAAUUUAGGUUCUAAUAUUAGAAUAAAUACUUUAAGUGACUUAAUAAGAAAAUGAUUUUAUAUUAAAGGAAUCAGAAUAAAGAAUAAAAUAAUUGCAAGAGCAAAUAAAAUAUUAUGAGUAAUCGUGUUAAAAUUAAAAUGUUUAUGAAAAUGAUCCUUAAAACUAAGGUUUUUUAAUAAAGUAUAAAUAAGUAUAAAAUAUAAUACAUUCGUUAGAUAGUGAAUGUGAAUGAAGCAACAUUGAGAUUAUAAUAAGAGAUAGAGAACUACAAGGUUCAAUUGGCUUUAGCUAAUAUAAAAAUGAGCAAAUUAUAAGAGUCGAAGAAUGAUUUAAUUUAGUUAAAUUUUGUAAAGAAAGUCUUUUAGAUUUUAGACAUUAUCAAAUGAAAUAUGUAGAUUAAAGAUGUAGCCUAGUCAAGGAGUAAAGAACAUAGAUAAAUACAUAUCUUAAUUAAUUGAAGUCUAAAAGAAAUUAGUUUAGAUAGAUUAUGAUGAUUCUGAUAAAGAUUGUACAUCUCCAAUGGAAGAUAAAAUUCAAUGUUAUUAAAAUAAAUGUAUUAAUGAAUCAAUAUUGAGAGACUAUUUUUACUUAGUAAAAUAUGCCAAAGUUAGAUCUAAAGAGAGCUCAAUAGAUUUAAGCAUUUACAUUACAAUAAAUAUCUAUGAAGCAAUAAAAAAAUUAAGACUUAAAUAAUUAAGAAGAAUUAUAAAAAUGGAUAACAGAAUAUAAAUAUUUAAAAAAUAAUUAUGAUGCAUCCAAAAUACUAUUUGAUUAAUUAAAAAUUCAAUAUGAAGAUUUACAAAGGAAAUAUAAUGAAACCUUAUCAAUUAAUGCUACUUUAAUAAGAGCAAAUUAAAAUUAUGAAGAAAAAUGGUAAAAUAUUAAUAAAUAGCAUAUUAAAUAUAAAUAAUUCUAUUUAUAAUAUAAGGAUUGCAUUGAUAUUUUCAAUAAAAGCUUAACAAAUAAAAAAUUAUAAGAAUCUGUAUCUGAAAGAAAAGAUCUAUUUGAAUUUUCUAUUUAAGAUUAAAAAUUAAGACCUACAACUACUUUGAGAAGAUCUAGUGUUAAUGUAGUUGGAAUAACGUCAGUAGAUUCAACUACUAAUUGUAUUAAUUAUAAAGAUAAGUUAAUAUAAAUGACUAAAGAUGUUUUUCAAAUUUUUAAGAAAAAGUAACAUGAAAAUGAAAGUAGUGAUGAAGAUAUUCCAUAAUUAAAUUAAAUGAAAAGAGAAUUCACUAUUUCCAAUAAUUGUUAAUCAAAACAAAGAUAAAACAAAAAAUGA